AUGACCUUGAUCUUCUUCUACUUCUACUCUAUCUUCUUCUUCUUCUUCUUCUUCUUCUUCUUCUUCUUCUUCUUCUUCUUCUCUUUCUUCUUCCCCUUUUCUUCUUCUGCUCUUUCUUCUUCCCAUUUUCUUCUUCUUCUGCUUUUCUUCUUCCCCUUUCUUCUUCUUCUUCUUCUUCUUCUUCUUCUUCUUCUUCUUCUCUUUCUUCUUCCUCUUUUCUUCUUCUUCUUCUUCCCCUUUUCUUCUUCUGCUCUUUCUUCUUCCCCUUUUCUUCUUCUUCUUCCCCUUUUCUUCUUCUUCUGCUCUUUCUUCCUCCCCUUUUCUUCUUCUUCUCCUUCCCCUUUUCUUCUUCUUCUGCUCUUUCUUCUUCCACUUUUCUUCUUCCACUUUUCUUCUUCUUCUUCUUCUUCUUCUUCUUCUUCUUCUUCUUCUUCUUCUUCCAUUAAUAUUACCAAACCCAACUCUCUCAUAAAGAAAGUAACAAAGGUUUAUUUGAUAGAUGCUUCCUUUUACAAAGAUGUCUUUCUUUAUUUCUUUGUUGUUUCUUUCAUUUCAGAAAAUUCACCUUUAUUUUUACGUUUUAUUCCGACCUUUCAUUUCUCAGCUGACUUAAUUUUUAAUCAUUAUCUCCCGUUUCUGAUUUUUUCUCCCUUCUUUCUUUCAUUUCAUAUUUUAUUUCUUUUCUUCUUCUUCUUUAUUUCAUUUAAUAUUUUUCUUUCUUUCUUUCAUUCUAUAUUUUGA